AUGGCGGCCGAUGUGUUUGGUGAUUCGAGUUUAUUCUCUGAAUUCGAGAAAGACAGAGAAACUGAGAGGUUCUUGGAUAAUUGCGAGGUGGAGGAGCUAGCACAAGUACCCGAGGAUGCCAACCAAGAUGAGGAAAUGGCUGAUGAAGGCGACGAUAGCUCAGAAUCGGACCCGGAAGGCCAAAUUUGUGACCAAGAAAAUGCGAAAACGAAAGUAGAAUCAACUGAAGCAUUCCAUUCUUUGUCGACAGAGAACGUUUCCCAGCAUAAGUUGAUGUUUGAACGCAAUAAAUAUUUGAGUUUUGCUAAGAUGAUCGAUACAACUCGCCAUGUUCCUGAUGAAGAACCACCUGCAAUUCAGAUUCUGUACCAAAAUAGCAACUUCUCCAGAAAGCACCGGGCUGAGGUAGAACUUUUCAUCCAGCAUUUGAUGGAAAGAGAUAGACAAGAAGAAUAUGAAAAUGGACGCAUAUUUCUACCAAAACUAAACCUCAAAGCUUCAACGCCAACGGCAGUGGACAUCAACAGCGAAACGAACUGCAGAAAUGUGGGACGCCCAUGCCAUUAUUGGGAAUGCCCAGUUUCACGAAGGAUUCAUGGUGGAUUCCAGAGGUUGGCCUAUCACUCCCAACUGUCAGCAACAAGAACUUAUCAUGGACUUGAUCUUAUUUGAAAAACUAUUCGAGGUGCCUCUACCAGUUGAUGAAGCUGAUUUAUCAGUAGUUAAAAGAGAAAAGAGAAAGAAGGCAGCUUGUUUCAACUGUGAUGGGGAACAUAACCUAAGUGAAUGUCCUCAACCCAAAGACUUUAACAAAAUUGGUGCCAAUCGCAGAAAAUUCCAAGACAGUAAAGUGAACUCUGUGCCAAAGCUAAGUCUUUCCAAAAAUUAUUCUGAUUUCGAAGACGAUCCUAGAUUCCAGAAGUUUAAACCCGGUCAAAUAAGCAAUGAGCUUUAUUCGGCUAUGGGUAUUACUCCAUCGCAGCUACCCUUAUACAUAUAUAAAAUGCGGGUAUUGGGGUACCCACCUGGCUGGCUGGUCAGGGCCAAGAAAGGGUACUCCUCAGGGAUCGUUAUCUUUGAUAAAGAUGGCCGCGAGACCAACCUGAAAGGAGAGACUUUAGAAGACGGAGAGCUCAAUGCUGAUAGAGAAAAGGAAGAAGAUGUAGAAUUAGAGAAGAUUAUCGAGUAUCCAGGAUUUACCGUUCCACCUGCUGAGGAGGUCCAUGAUGACCACGAGCGUUUGAACAUGCCACCCUUGCAACCACAUCAGUUAAAAUUAACAUUGGAACGGCAUGUCAGCGUCAAGGAGGAGUUCAAGAAACGAAAAGCAGAAGAAGAGGCAGAAAUGGAGAAAAAACGAAUCUGCAUCAUCAAUAAGGAAGCAGACAUGGAGAUGAGUGAUGAUGAUGAUGAAACUUCAGGGAAUGAUUCAGACUUCAGACCACCCCUGCCAGUAGACACGCCCCCUGGAAAACCACCCUAUCCAACGGGAACAUCCCCAAUUACACCUACCAAUGGAUCAAAGAAGAAUCUCUACCAUCCCACACCAGCUAACCUGACUCCGCCUCAUUUCGGGGCUGGUGGACCACCCUUGCCGGAUUACACCCCUCCAGCAAGACCACCUCUUCCCGAAGGAACACCCCCACCAACUCCCCCUGUUCUCAAUCAACGAGGCAUAUCAGCAGGUUCUGGCAGAAGCGACAGCCCAACUUUCGAGUCACUUCAAAACAAAUAUGAAGACAUACUGAAACAGCUGAACGAAGACAGUUCCUCCCAAUCAGACUCUGAUGUCAAAAUCAUCGAAAAUCCUGACGAAGAUUCCGAUGCGUCUGUUAUAUUUGUUCCGGAACUUGAAAACCAGGAAUCGAAUGUGUCUGAAGUUUCUGCAUCUGAUGUUUCUGUUAGAACUUUAUCCCGAGCUAGCAGCACCUUGUCUAUUCAGUCAUUGGACGAUUCCGUAAUGUCCAGAGGGAGUUCAAAGGUGAAAGUGUAUGGAACGCCCAUUUUGGAAUCAUCUACUACAGAAACGGCGCUGCCAUCGUCAGAAAACUUCAAAGUUGGAACCGAAGAACAUUUAAUGUUUGAGAAUUUGCCUGGUGCCACUGGAACUUUCUCGAAAAUGAGGAAACUAUUGGACAAAAUAAAAACCAAAAUUAAGAAGUGA